AUGCAAGAGCAAUGCACGGAUGGCCCAAGCUCGGCGAGGGGACAACCGGCACCGAAAAAGUUCCCUGAUGGGCCGCCGGCGGAAAGUUAUCAAAAGAAGAGAUUCUCCGUGCCCGCUAAAUUGGCACCAAUCGUUAAAGCUGGCGGGGAACGACGAGUGACCCUUGUUCGACCGUGUGAAUCAUUUCGAGAAGCAAAAGAAAAACACGCUAUUCAUUUUGGAUAUGCUGCGUUGAACACCGAAUUCAAUGACUCUGAUCCAACUUGCUCAAACGAUUCUGGUUGUUCGGUUUUCACGAUAUUCACGGGAGAAGAACAACGACAUACUGUCUGUCAACAACCUGUUGGACCACAAGCUGAUCUCUUUAUCUCGACACUUUCCGAUAAAAGCAAAUCUCAAUUGAAGAAAUUUCUGGAUAAUACACCAAGACAAGACAACGAAUAUUUUGUUUGGGUGAGAGAGACGAGCAGUCAAGUGGUGACCGUUUUGUCGAUUAAAACCCUCGAGAAUCAUUUGAAGAGUAAAAGUGGUAUAAGAAGAGUUAAAUGGAGACAUCUAUCUGCUGAAAGAUUAUCAAUCUACCGUUAUUCAUUGCCCUCAAUUGGUGGGAAAGGGGCACGAGUGCGGGAAUGUGUCUUUGGACAUCGAAAAUUGUGUCUUUUAUUCAUUUGGCUUCUUUUCGUAUUGCUCAUCUGUAUAACAGUUGUGAUUGGAUCAACGAAUGGAAAUGAUUUAGCAUUAAAUGGAACAAAUUAUGCACACCAACAUCAUAAUCUAAAUAGAUGCAAUGAGACAUUUCUCCUAUCUGUCAUCCUUUCAUCGCCUUCUAAUUUUGAUAUCCGACAAACGAUUCGAAAUACAUGGGCUUCCAGAAAUCAAGAUGAAUUUCGAAGUGGAUCAAUUCAAACCAUUUUCCUUAUUGGAUCGGGAGAUUUACUUGAAAAACGGCUAUUGGAACGAGAAGCUGAUGAUCACAGGGACAUUUUGAUGGUCUCAUUUCAAGAUACAUAUCGAAAUUUGGUUCUAAAAUCUCUUUCACUUCUUUAUUAUCAUGAACACUUUUGCCAGGCUCGAUUUUUGCUCAAGAUUGAUGAUGAUGUUGUCUUCUCUUUUCCUCGAUUCAUGCACUUUUUCAAUGACACCACAAUUCUUGAUCAAUCCGCGGCAAUAUAUGGGAAAGUUUGGAAUCAUUCUCGCCCUGAGAGAGAUCCUAGACAUAGAUGGUACAUUUCACUGUCCGCUUACACUGCUGAGAAUCUACCUCCAUUUUGCUCAGGUCCUUCAUAUGUUAUGAAUCGACAAGCUGUUCAUGCUCUUUUGAACAAAACUCAAAGUGUUGAAGAUGUUUUCAUUACCGGAAUCCUUGCUGAAUACGUUGGAGUCAAAAGAGUGCAAAUGAAUCGAUCAAUUUUUCCGCGAAAUUAUUCAGGAGUGGUUGGUUUCAAGCUGUUACUC